AUGUUCGCCGUGCUCGCCGGAGGGUGUGCUCUGCGCACGCAAGGCAUGCGGGCGGGCGUGCGUGUGCGUGUGCCGCUGCUUGCGCGCGCACUGUCCCGCACCGCAAUUUGGCGCCAAGAUGCGCCGCGCCCCCCCAACGUGCGGCCCACGCGCAAAGAAGUGCUUGCGACGGUGCCCAACAUGCUGACCGUCUCGCGGAUCUGCAUGUGCCCGUUUAUUGGAUGGUCGGUGGUGUGCGGCGAGCCGUACCUGACGCUUGGCCUUUUGGGCGUUGCGGGCGCGACCGACCUGCUGGACGGCUACAUUGCGCGGCGCUACAAAAGCUACACAACCUUUGGCAGCAUCGCCGACCCUGCGGCGGACAAGCUGCUCAUGGCCACAAUGGUCGUUUCUCUGUGCGCGAGCGGCCAGAUGGCAUUGCCGCUCGCGGCGAUUAUUCUCGGGAGAGACAUUUUUCUCGUAGCGCUUGCAUUCUACAUGCGCUUCCGCUCCCUGCCUCCUCCGCGCACCUGGACGCGCUACUGUGAUCCUCAUCUCCCCUCGGUGCACGUCACGCCUACGCAGCUCAGCAAAGCCAACACGUUUCUACAGCUCUUGCUUGUGGGGCUCCUCACGCUCUACCCCGUGCUUCCGGACGAAUGGCAAAACAAUGUGUAUAUGCAGCGCACGCGCCAAGCGCUCUCGUGGGUCGUGGCGGGCACGACGCUAUGGACGGGCGUCGACUAUGCAUGCAGCCGGCGCGCCGUGCGCUAUCUCCACAGAACAUAG